AUGGCUGGUAUUUUUGAUGAGCUGAAUUUUCUGAUUAUCAGUAGUGGAAAGUUAUAUUCUGCCGCUGCCGAGUCAUCGAUCCAACAGUUGAGAGAAAAUGGUGCUAAAAAUGUUUAUCUUCACGAUAUUAAUAUUAAUAUCAAAACAAAUAAUGCUAGGGAUUGGUUUGUAAGGGAAUAUGGAACUAAAAAUAUACAUUUCAUUAUUAGUGAAACGGAGAAUUUUUCAUUUUACCAUGUAGCCGCGUUUGACUUUUUAAUUCCAGUAGUGACAACAGGAUGGUUAUCACUGUCCAUUAAGAAUAAGAGACAUAUCAAAACUAAUCUAUAUUCACCAGAUCGUAGGCAUGUUUUGAAAGAUGCUCAAGUAUUUAUCUCUCAGGAAUGUUGUAGAGGUCCCGCUGAACGUCUUUUCUAUUCAGAGUUGGUCCAGGUAUUGGGUGGUACUUAUGUAGAGUCUAUUAGCACUAGGACUACACAUGUAAUUGCUAACGAUUCUGAAGAUAAAUUUGUCUCUGUUGUUGUCCAGAAAUUACCUGCUUCUUCUACUAUGGCGUUUGUAUAUCCAACAUGGCUAAUUGAAUGUUUUAAAAAACUUAAAAACGUUCCAUGUGAUGAACACAGAAUAGAUAUGGAAGAUAUUUUGACCAAUCAAGAUAAAAUUUCCGAUGUUUGGGAUCGUGUUAGUGCGAUGACUUUUGAGGAUCUUAAUAAGAAUAAGACCUUUUUAAAAAAUAAGAAAUUCUUAAUUGGAAUGGAUCUAUCGAUGUCAUCAAAUGCAUAUGUGAUUGUACAACAAAUUAUAGAAAAUUAUGGUGGCGAAAUAUAUCAUCAAUUAAAUGAUUCGGAUGUCUUACAUCAUUCUUAUUCCUUUGAUUGUUUUCUUGGAUAUACCACCAAGUCAAAAGAAUAUGAUUUAUUAACGUCAUCUAGUGCAUCUCAUAAGAUUAUAGGGAAAUAUGUUGGUAAUUUGAUAUGGUUAUUCACUAUGUGGUCGCAAAAUGAGUUUAUUCCAAGUAAUUAUAAGACUGGGAAAAUAAUAUUUGCCCCUUUCCCAUCAAAAGUAUUCAAUAAGAAUUCUUGUAUAAUGACAUUUACAAAUUAUUUUGGUCAACAACGAACGUAUAUUCAAAGGUUAGUCAAUUUAUUAGGUGGUAUAAGUACUACACAACUUUCGAACAAAAACACACAUUUGAUCUCACAACUUCCCAUGGGUAAAAAAUUUAUUACAGCUAAGAAAUGGGGUCAUUGUAUAGUGGUAAAUCAUCUAUGGUUGGAGGAAUGUUAUAAACAGAAUUCCAAUGUUGAUCCAAAUAAAGGAGAAUUUCAUGAAUAUGAUAAGAUUAAAAAUGACAUUUUGUUAAAUCUAGGACAGAUGACAUUUUCAGAGUCGAGCAAUACUGAAAUUGAUGAUGAAUCUUUUUUGCAGACGCAAGAACCACCAGAGGAGCUACGUCCUAAUAAAAAAGAAACUGAACAUUUAAAGGAAUUAUCAGGGUCUAGUACUAAAUUUGAAAUAGAGAAAGAUAACAAUAAACCUCCACAAAAGGGAUCAGGAACCAAACUAACAAAAAAUGAUACAAUGAAUUCCACAAAUGAAACAUUUUUUGAGGCUAGUGAUAUAAUUGACACUUCAUUAAUUGGGAAACGAACUCUUGAUGCGUCGAAUAUUAAACAAAAGGAGAAGGCUCUUAAAUACAGCAAAGCAGUUGAUCUAUUUAAGGAGCUUUCUUCUGAUGAAGAUAAAAAAAAUGAUAAAAGUUCAAAAAUCUCAAGUCAAGGUAGUACCACUAUGGCUUUUGAUCGCAGUAAACAAAAUGAUUUGCACAAUAAAGUGACAACCUUAUCCAAGACGAUUAGUGUAUUAGGUGCAUCACGCCAGUCAUCUAAUUUGUCGCCUAUUUUACAAAGGGAGUCGUCUGAAUUGAUGGGCAGUGGGGGCAGCAGACGAGCAGCUGCUGCACAAGCAGCUAAGCGUUUGCAUAGUGAUAUGGAAUCAUUAAAUGAAUAUCAAAAGCAUAAAAAGGGUAAAAAUGGGAAGGUGGCCAUGUUACCCCAAGAAAAGGCUAUGAUUAAAGAAAGAAAAGAGAUGACAAAUGAGGCUAAGGAUAGGCUCGAGAGAUGUGAUUAUUACAUUGAAGAUAAUGGAAAAACAGUCAGACGUCAUAUAUUCAAUAUAUAUGCUGUUGGUACAGGUUGUGACUUAAACCAUUUAUCGUUGUUAGAUGAGGUAAUUUUAAGUAUACUGGGUAUCUCAUUAUUCUCAGAUGAUUAUAGCGAUAAUGAAAAUUUAGUCAACUGUAUCGUUGCACCAAAAAGAUUAAGAACAUCUAAGUUUCUUAAAGCAUUAAGUUUCCCGAACCUUCGAUAUGCAGUAACGCCUGACUUUAUUUUCGGUCUAUUAAAGAAGGUUAAUGCAGAGUUACCAUUUGAUUGGGAUCAGUUCAUCGAUAUUGAUAAUUAUAUAGUACCAGAUAUUUCGAGAGAAUUACUAGACAGAGCAAAUAAACCAAAAAAGAUGUUCGAAAGAGCGGGACUCUAUAGUAUUAAUAUAGUUCGUGAUAUCUCAGGUGGUCCCGCAGUGAUAUCUUCAAUUUUGAAAGAGCACGGUAUUCAAAAUAUCAACAUUUUGGAUAAUAAUUCAAUUAAAAGUUUCCAAAACUUUGAGAUAAAUCACAAAGAUGAUUCUAAAAAUGGGAGCUUGAGAAAAGUUAAACUAGAAAACGGAACUUAUAUCAGGCCCCCAAAGUAUGUGUUGGUUGCUUCAAAACCUUCACAAAUGAAAAAAUUUAGAGAUUCAGUUAUGGAGGCUGACCCACAACAUUCCGAAGAAGGUAUAUUGGUGGUUAAUUGGGAUUGGUGUGUAGAUAGUAUCUUCAAGUUAGAUAUAGAUUAUAAACGUAAUAAAAACGUUUUGUUCUAUUCACUUCCGAGGGAUUGA